UACAACUCGUUCGCGCGCACAUCGAUCGUCUUUUAGCUCACGAAUUUCCGUGGACUAUCGUCAGUAUUUUCCGUCAUCUAGCAGCGUUCGCAAGUGUCUGCUCAACGUUUUGUGUGCUGUUUGUUGGUCUCUCUGUGGAGAUUAUAGUUAAUCCGUUCCUGUGUGUGAAACGGAAGCCGGCAUUCCCGAUCACCCUACUAACUUUAGCUAAACGAGGCUUUUUGUUCGAGAAGAGUUCAGCUCACCAAACCCAAUCACCAUGCCUGUCCCAGAUCUGCAGAAGCCCGCCCCGAAAUUCUCGGGAACCGCCGUUGUGAACGGUGCAUUCAAAGAAAUCAAACUGGAGGACUACGCCGGCAAGUACCUGGUGCUGUUCUUCUACCCCCUUGACUUCACCUUCGUCUGCCCGACCGAAAUCAUUGCCUUCUCGGACCGCGUCGAGGAGUUCGAGAAGAUCGGCUGCUCUGUGAUCGGCGUCUCGACCGACAGUCACUUCACCCAUUUGGCCUGGAUCAACACCCCGCGUAAGCAGGGCGGUCUCGGAGAGCUGCGAAUUCCCCUGUUGGCCGACAAGUCCAUGAAGAUUUCCCGUGACUACGGAGUGCUCCAGGAGGAGAGCGGUGUCCCAUUCCGUGGACUGUUCGUCAUCGAUGGUAAGCAGAAUCUCCGCCAGGUGACCGUCAACGAUCUGCCCGUUGGACGCAGCGUCGAUGAGACCCUCCGCCUGGUGCAAGCAUUCCAGUUCACCGAUGAACACGGUGAGGUCUGCCCCGCCAACUGGAAGCCUGGAUCCAAGACUAUGGUCGCCGAUCCGCAAAAGUCGAAGGAAUACUUCAAUGCCGCAAACUAAACUAUUAUCGUAAAUUGUACCGUAAAAAUAGCAUUAAGAAGCUGUUGUGGCUAUUAGAGAGAUACUCUGCAACUGCAUAUCCUUGUCACAACACAGAAUAACACUAACUACUUUGUAGUAUGGCCUCCACGUUGAGUUAGCAUUGUUCUAUUCAUCAAAAGAUAGCUGCUCUACCAUGUUCCAACACAAUCCAUAAACGGAAAAAAUAAGAGCAAUAAAAUAGUAUUGUUUUUUUUCUACACCUCAAA